AUAGGAACUUCUUCACUCCUCCCUUCCUUGACACCAGUAGGGAAGUGCCUGUGCCGGACUCAGCCUGUGUCUGGAACAGCCCCAGGAAGGGCUCCCAGGUGGUGAGCUUUGGGCUUCCAUGAAAGCCACACACUUGGCUGAAGGUCACCCCUCCCUGGCCCCCACUGUGCUCCUGCCUCAGCCUUCCCAGUGCCACAAAGAAACUCUGCCGCUGUUCUCGGUUUGUUUGUUACAGUGUGUUCAGAGGAGUCAGAAGCCGUUUAAUGGAGUUAGACGGGGCCUGCACAGCGAUUGCCAGGCAGAACUCAAGUCCAUAGUGCAGUUUAAUCCUCUGGAAAAUGCGGUGCCAAAUAUUUACAGAUGAGGGGACCAAGGUUGAAGAGGUUCGGCCACCUGCCCAGAGAUACGCCGUGGAUGAGGACUAGACGCUUGAAGAAGAAAAGCUGCCAACCAAGAAGACGACAUGCUUUCAGCAACCCCCCUGUAUGGGAACGUUCACAGCUGGAUGAACAGCGAGAGGGUCCGCAUGUGUGGGAUCAGCGAGGACAGGAAAAUUCCCGUAAAUGAUGGUGACGCUUCAAAGGCCAGACUGGAACUAAGGGAAGAAAAUCCCUUGAACCACAACGUGGUGGAUGCGACCACGGCCCAUCGGAUCGAUGGCCUGGCAGCGCUGAGCAUGGACCGCACCGGCCUGAUCCGGGAAGGGCUGCGUGUCCCCGGAAACAUCGUCUAUUCUAGCUUGUGUGGACUGGGCUCAGAGAAAGGUCGGGAGGCUGCCACGACCACUCUCGGCGGGCUGGGGUUUUCUGCCGAAAGAAACCCAGAGAUGCAGUUCAAACCCACGACCCCUGAGGCAGUGGAGGCCUCCGCUGUCUCCGGAAAACCCCCGAAUGGCUUCAGUGCUAUUUACAAAACGCCACCCGGAAUACAAAAAAGCGCUGUCCCCACGGCAGAAGCGCUGGGCUUGGACAGGCCUGCCAGCGACAAACAGAGCCCUCUCAACAUCAAUGGUGCUAGUUACCUGCGGCUGCCCUGGGUCAAUCCCUACAUGGAGGGUGCCACGCCAGCCAUCUACCCUUUCCUUGACUCGCCAAAUAAGUAUUCCCUGAACAUGUACAAGGCCUUGCUACCUCAGCAGUCCUACGGCCUGGCCCAGCCGCUGUAUUCUCCGGUCUGCACCAACGGGGAGCGAUUUCUCUACCUGCCGCCACCUCACUACGUCAGCCCCCACAUCCCCUCGUCCCUGGCUUCGCCCAUGAGGCUCUCGACGCCUUCGGCCUCCCCCGCCAUCCCACCUCUGGUCCACUGUGCAGACAAGAGCCUGCCCUGGAAGAUGGGCGUCAGUGCCGGCACCCCGGUCGAUUCCCACGCGUAUCCCCACAUCCAGAACAGUAAGCAGCCUAGGGUGCCCUCCGCCAAGGCGGUCACCAGCGGCCUGCCGGGGGACACGGCCCUCCUGUUGCCCCCCUCGCCUCGGCCUUCGCCCCGAGUCCACCUGCCCUCCCAGCCCGCCGCAGACACCUACUCCGAAUUCCACAAGCACUACGCCAGGAUCUCCACCUCGCCCUCCGUCGCCCUGUCGAAGCCAUACAUGACGGUCAGCAGCGAGUUCCCUGCGGCCCGGCUCUGCAGCAGCAGCAAGUACCCGAAGGCUCCCGAAGGAGCCGAAAGCGCCCAGCCGGUUCCCGGGCACACCCGGAAAACAGCGGGUCAAGACCGAAAAGAUGGCAGCUCGCCGCCCCUGUUGGAGAAGCAGACGGUUACCAAAGACGUCACGGACAAGCCGCUGGACUUGUCUUCUAAAGUGGUGGAUGUCGACGCUUCCAAAGCUGACCACAUGAAAAAGCUGGCCCCCACGGUCCUGGUUCACAGCAGAGCUGCAAGUGGCCUCGUGCUCCCCGGGAGUGAGAUUCCGAAAGAAACUCUCUCUCCUCCGGGGAACGGCUGUGCUCUCUACAGAUCCGAGAUCAUCAGCACGGCUCCCUCGUCCUGGGUGGUGCCCGGGCCAAGUCCUAACGAAGAGAACGGCGGCAAGGGCCUGCCACUGAAAAACAAGGCCUUGGACUGGGCCAUCCCGCAGCAGCGCAGUUCUUCGUGUCCCCGCAUGGGUGCCGCAGACACUGUGGUCACCAACGUGUCGGCGUCGGUGUCGAGCGCCGGCCGCCCGGCCUCCGCGUCACCAGCCCCCAAUGCCAAUGCGGACGGCAGCAAGGCCAGCAGCAGGAGCUCCGUGGACACCAUGCCGUCUGUCAUCCAGCACGUGGGCCAGCCCCCGACCACGCCUGCCAAGCACGGCGGCAGCGGCAGCGGUGGCGGCGGCAGCGGUGGUGGCGGCGGCGGCACUGGCAGCAAGGGCGCCAAAGCCAGCAACCCGGAGCCGAGCUUCAAAGCCAACGAGAACGGCCUCCCGCCAAGCUCCAUAUUUCUAUCUCCAAACGAGGCGUUCAGGUCCCCACCGAUCCCCUACCCCCGGAGUUACCUCCCUUACCCAGCGCCUGAGGGCAUUGCUAUAAGCCCCCUCUCCCUACACAGCAAAGGCCCCGUCUACCCUCACCCAGUGUUGUUGCCCAACGGCAGUCUCUUUCCCGGGCACCUCACCCCAAAGCCUGGGCUGCCCUACGGGCUGCCCACGGGCCGGCCGGAGUUCGUGACCUACCAGGACGCGCUGGGGUUGGGCAUGGUGCAUCCCAUGUUGCUACCUCACACGCCCAUAGAGAUCACUAAAGAGGAGAAGCCCGAGAGGAGGUCCCGGUCCCACGAGAGGGCCCGCUACGAGGACCCCGCCCUCCGGAACCGGUUUUCCGAGAUGCUGGAAGCGAGCGGCACCAAGUUACAUCCGGAAGUCCCCGCCGAGAAGAACCUCAAGCCCAGCCCCAGCUGGAAUCAGGGGAAACCCGUCGUCAAGAGCGACAAGCUCGUCUACGUCGACCUCCUUCGGGAAGAGCCGCCAGAGGCGAAAACCGACGCCAGCGGGUCCAAGCCCGGCUUCACGGCUGAGAGCGUGGGCCAGAGCGCCGAGCCCAGCAAGCCCCCGGCUGACCCGGCCCUGCAGCCACACCGCGAUUUCAUCUCCCUGAGGGAGGAGCUGGGGCGCAUCAGUGACUUCAGCGACCCCUACAUCUUCAAACAGGCUCCGGGCCAGUCGCCCUUCAACAUAAGCAAGGAGAAUGUGCCAGCAGGAACCAACAAGGAGAACCUGGCCAUGCCGGUCUCGACGUCAUUCCUGGAGCCAACCCUGGGGAGCGACGGCCCUGCUGUCACUUUCGGGAAAACGCAAGAGGAUCCCAAACCGUUUUGCGUGGGCGGUGCCCCACCGAGUGUGGACGUCACCCCAGCCUAUACCAAAGAUGGAGCUGACGAGGCAGAGUCCAACGAUGGCAAAGUUCUGAAACCGAAGCCAUCUAAGCUGGCAAAGAGAAUCGCCAACUCUGCGGGUUACGUGGGCGACCGGUUCAAGUGUGUCACCACCGAACUGUACGCAGACUCCAGUCAGCUCAGCCGGGAGCAGCGGGCAUUGCAGAUGGAAGGAUUACAAGAGGACAGUAUUUUAUGUCUACCCGCUGCUUACUGUGAGCGUGCAAUGAUGCGCUUCUCCGAGUUGGAGAUGAAAGAACGAGAAGGCGGCCACCCCGCAACCAAAGACUCCGAGGUGUGCAAAUUCAGCCCCGCUGACUGGGAGAGGUUGAAAGGAAGUCAGGACAAAAAGCCAAAGUCGGUCGCCCUGGAGGAGGCCAUUGCUGACCAGAACGACAGCGAGAGAUGCGAGUAUAGUGCUGGUAGCAAACACGACCCCUUCGAAGCCCCCGAUGACAAAGAUCUUCCCGUGGAAAAGUACUUCGUGGACAGGCAGCCCGCGAGCGAGCCCCCCGCCGACCAGGCGGCCCCGGACACGCCGCACAGCCCCACCCUCCGGAUGGACAGAAAGCGCAAGGUCUCAGGUGACAGCAGCCACCCUGAGACCCCUGUGGAAGAGCUCCCAGAAGACCCUCUGCUGAAAGCCAAGCGGAGACGGGUCUCCAAAGAUGACUGGCCUGAGAGGGAAAUGACAAACAGUUCCUCUAACCACUUAGAAGACCCACAUUAUAGUGAGCUGACCAACCUGAAGGUGUGCAUUGAAUUAACAGGGCUCCAUCCCAAAAAACAACGCCACUUGCUGCACCUUAGAGAACGGUGGGAGCAGCAGGUGUCGGCAGCAGAGAGCAAACCUGGCCGGCAAGGCAGGAAGGAAGUGACCCAGGCAGUUCAGCCUGAGGUCACCGCCCAGGGCAAUAACAUCUCUGAAGAGAAGCCUGGCAGGAAAAGGGCAGAGGCCAAAGGCAACAGAAGCUGGUUGGAGGAGUCCCUGAAAUCCAGUGACAAUGAGCAAGGCUUGCCUGUGUUCUCCGGUUCUCCGCCCAUGAAGAGCCUUUCAUCCACCAAUGCAAGCGGCAAAAAGCAGACUCAGCCAAGCUGCACGCCAGCCUCGAGGCUGCCUGCCAAACAGCAGAAAAUUAAAGAAAGCCAGAAGACAGAUGUGCUGUGCACGGACGAAGAAGAGGAUUGCCAGGCUACCUCCCAGCUGCAGAAAUACACCGACAACAGCGAGAAACCAUCCGGGAAGCGACUGUGCAAAACCAAGCAUUUGAUCCCUCAGGAGCCCAGGCGGGGCUUGCCGCUGACAGGGGACUACUACGUGGAGAAUACUGAUGGCAAGGUGACCGUCCGGAGAUUCCGAAAGCGGCCGGAGCCCAGUUCAGACUAUGACCUGUCACCAGCCAAGCAGGACCAGAAGCCCGUGGACCGUUUGCAGCAAUUGCUCCCAGCUUCCCAGUCCUCACAGCUGCCAUGCUCCAGCUCGCCUCCAGAGACCACCCAGUCGCGCCCGAUGCCACCCGAAGCGCGGAGACUCAUUGUCAAUAAGAACGCAGGCGAGACCCUCCUGCAGCGGGCCGCCCGGCUGGGCUACGAGGAGGUGGUCUUAUACUGCCUGGAGAACAAGAUUUGUGAUGUGAACCAUCGCGACAACGCGGGUUACUGUGCCCUGCACGAGGCCUGUGCUAGGGGAUGGCUCAACAUAGUCCGACACCUCCUUGAAUAUGGCGCUGAUGUCAACUGCAGUGCCCAGGACGGAACCAGGCCCCUCCACGACGCCGUCGAGAACGAUCACUUGGAAAUUGUCCGUUUGCUCCUCUCCUAUGGUGCUGACCCCACUUUGGCUACGUACUCAGGUAGAACCAUCAUGAAAAUGACCCACAGCGAACUCAUGGAAAAGUUCUUAACAGAUUAUUUAAAUGACCUGCAGGGUCGCGACGACGAUGACCCCACUGGCUCCUGGGAGUUCUACGGCAGCUCUGUGUGUGAACCAGAUGAUGAAAGUGGAUACGAUGUUUUAGCAAACCCCCCGGGCCCCGAGGACCAGGACGAAGACGAUGAGACCUACAGCGACAUGUUCGAGUUUGAGUUCGCAGAGAGCCCCCUCUUACCGUGUUACAACGUCCAGGUGUCCGUCGCUCAGGGGCCUCGGAACUGGCUGUUGCUUUCAGACGUGCUAAAGAGACUGAAAAUGUCCUCCCGCAUAUUCCGCUGCAAUUUCCCAAACAUGGAGAUUGUCACCAUCGCGGAGGCCGAGUUCUACCGGCAAGUGUCAGCAAGCCUCUUAUUCUCUUGCUCCAAAGACCUGGAAGCCUUUAACCCUGAAAGCAAGGAGCUCUUAGACCUGGUGGAGUUCACAAACGAGCUUCAGACUCUGCUGGGCUCAACCCUGGAGUGGAUCCAGCCCAACGACAUGAACCCACAGGACUGCUGGUGAGCUGGCCGGGCCCGCCGUGUACAGUGUGUCAUAGUGUUAAUCCCUGUGCAUAUGUGUCAUAAUACAACUAUUUCUGUAAAGAAAGGACACUAUUACAUAUGAAAAUAUCUCUUCUUUAUAUAAGAGAAAUGACUCCAGUCGGAAGGACUUAGAAACAUGUUUUUUUCUUUUUAAACUUUUAAGUCAGUUUUUAUGAAGUUGUUAUAAUGUUUCUUUACUUUUCAAUGCACACAUGCUUUGGGAUAUGUUUGUUUUUACUCGGAACAUUUGUUUCUUUUCUUUUUUAAGGAAAAAAAAAUGAGGAAAAGGAGCUCCACACUUUGACUUAAUUUCGUACAAAGCUCUGAUGACAGAGGCCGCGACUGUUUAUAGAGUGUGGUCAGAACCGUGUGGUUGGUUUGGGGGAGUGAAUUCGGUGAAGGCACUUGGCAAUGUCGUAACUUUAUGUUUUGUUUACAGAGUACCUGCUCGGGCCAGGUAGAUGCUACUGGAUAUAAUCCAGCAGUAUGUAAUAUAAAUUCAAACCAUAUCCACACACAACAACUAAUUGUAUGAAACUUUUAUAUCCUAAUUUAAAAGCUGUGAAAUUAGUUUUCACGCAUCAAACCGGAUUGUUUAUAUGUUUAAACAUUUUAUGCUCUUAUUUAAAGAAGACUUUGAGCUAUUUUUUUCUGUACCCUGUAAAAUAUUGAAAACUAACAUAAUAUGUUGAGGUUGCUUGAAAUUGUACAUAAAACUAAAAUUUUCUGAAUUGUGUGUUUAUGUUUGAAAUCUGUGUUUUAACUUUGUAAGUAAAUUCUCUGCCUUUGUAUUUAUAUUUUACAAAAAUUUUCUUAAAAGGCAAUAAACCUGUUGAGGAAAGGAGGCAAUUGAA